AUGUUUACUCGGAUGGCAAAAGUCUGUAUAUCAAUCCUUCAUCCCCCUGGAGACGAUCCUCAUGGCUAUGAGCUUGCAAGUGAGCGCUGGACACCAGUCCAUACGGUGGAGAGCAUAGUUUUAAGCAUUAUAUCAAUGCUUUCUAGCCCCAAUGAUGAAUCUCCUGCAAAUGUGGAGGCUGCGAAAGAAUGGAGAGAACAAAGGGACGAGUUCAGGAAGAAGGUGGGUCGAUGUGUAAGGAAAUCACAAGAACUUUUGUAAAAAAUCGCAUGCAUUUUAAGAAACCAGUUGCUAGUUACUAGUUUUGCUAGAAUCACCAUUCUAUAUUUUUUUUGUUUUGUAUUCCGAUCCUUUUUGUUCUUAGUUUGCUUGACACAUUUUGUUUAUAUGAAUGGUAAGUUAUUCCAAUA